AUGCCCGCGCGCCCCGGGCCGCUCUGGCUCCUGGGCCUGGCGCUGUGCGCGCUGAGCGGCGGCGGCGGCCCCGGCCCGCGCCCCCCGCCCGGGUGCCCGUCGCGUCGUCUGGGCGCGCGCGAGCGCCGCGACAUGCAGCGCGAGAUCCUGGCGGUGCUCGGGCUGCCCGGGCGGCCCCGGCCCCGCGCGCCCCCCGCCGCCGCCCGGCUGCCCGCGUCCGCGCCGCUCUUCAUGCUGGACCUCUACCACGCCAUGGCCGGCGGCGGCGACGACGACGGCCCCCUCGAGCGGCGCCUGGGCCGCGCCGACCUGGUCAUGAGCUUCGUCAACAUGGUGGAGCGUGACCGUCCCCUGGGCCAGCAGGAGCCCCACUGGAAGGAGUUCCUCUUUGACCUGACCCAGAUUCCAGCGGGGGAGGCAGUCACAGCCGCUGAGUUCCGGAUCUACAAGCUACCCAGCUCCCGUCCACUCAACCAGACCCUCCACGUCAGCAUGUUCGAGGUGGUCAGGGAACAGUCCAACAGGGAGUCUGACUUGUUGUUUUUGGAUCUUCAGACGCUCCAAGCUGGGGACGAGGGCUGGCUGGUGUUGGACGUGACAGCAGCCAGUGACCGCUGGCUGCUGACCCGAAACCAGGACCUGGGACUCCGCGUCUUUGUGGAGACGGAGGAUGGGCGCAGCGUGGAUCCUGGUCUGGCGGGUCUGCUGGGCCGCCGGGCACCACACUCCCAACAGCCCUUCAUGGUCACCUUCUUCAGGGCGACCCCCAGCCCUGUGAGAGCCCCUCGGGCACCGCGGCCCCUGAAGAGGAGGCCCCUGAAGAAAACCAACGAGCUGCCGCACCUCAGCCGACUCCCAGGGAUCUUUGAUGGCACUCCGCACUCUGGUGGCCGGCAGGUCUGCCGACGGCAUGAGCUCUACGUCAGCUUCCAAGAUCUUGGCUGGCUGGACUGGGUCAUCGCCCCCCAGGGCUACUCGGCCUACUACUGUGAGGGGGAGUGCGCCUUCCCGCUGGACUCCUGCAUGAACGCCACCAACCACGCCAUCCUGCAGUCCCUGGUGCACCUGAUGAAGCCAGAUGUGGUCCCCAAGGCGUGCUGUGCCCCCACCAAGCUGAGCGCCACCUCCGUGCUCUACUACGACAGCAGCAACAACGUCAUCCUGCGCAAGCACCGCAAUAUGGUGGUCAGGGCCUGUGGCUGCCACUGA